CAUCUAAACGCGCAGCAGUAGGCCGCGGUACAGCGCACACACCGACUCACGGCGUCUCGCGUUUGUAGCUCGUGCUUACCACCCGGUAGUUAUGCGUGCGGCCGCCGGUUGGGUCCAGAGAUGUGGCGCCGCGCGACUCUCGCGUCCGUUACGCGUGGGGAGCGUCCCCGGCGUCCUGAACCAAGGCGCAGCUUGGAACUCCGCGUCGCGCAGACGAUACGGUGUCCUUCCCCGAGCUCGAGACGCGGAGGAAAAGGCAGUGCUGGACAGCAUGAUGCGUGUGGACCACGCGGGCGAAUACGGGGCCGAUCGCAUCUGCGCGGGGCAGAUGGCUGUGUUGGGAAGGACGCAGGCGGGCCCUCUGAUCCAGCAUAUGUGGGAGCAGGAAAAACUGCAUUUACAGAAGUUCAAUGAGAUACUGGCGGAGCACAGAGUGCGGCCCACGGUGAUGCUGCCCUUCUGGAACGUUGCAGGGUUUGUGCUCGGAGCCUCCACAGCUCUUCUGGGUAAAGAGGGGGCAAUGGCCUGCACUGUGGCUGUGGAGGAGAGCAUCUCCGAGCACUACAACAGCCAAAUCAGAACGCUGAUGGAAGCCGACCCAGAGAGAUAUACCGAUCUGUUGCAGCUGAUAAAGGAGUUCCGUGAUGAUGAGCUGGAGCAUCAUGACACUGGUCUGGAGCACGACGCAGAAUCGGUACCUGGGUAUUUUCUUUUGAAGACUGUAAUACAGGCCGGCUGUAAAGCUGCUAUUUAUCUCUCUCAGCGCAUUUAAGAUUCAGUGCUUUUGCUUUGUUUCAGUGAUUAUUAUGUACAGUAUGUUUUUGUUGCUGUUUGAAAUAUUAAAUAUUAAAUCUGAAUGUUAAAAUCGGUAUAUUAAAAUAUACAGAUCAAACAUUUUUGGCUGAUUAUUUUUGAUCCAAGCCAGAAAUGGACAAAAGGAAACUUAAAAAGACACCACUUCAUUUUUUUUCCAAGUGGAAUCUCAUUAUCCUAUUAUUAUCAAGUAUCAAUAAAACACAUGAUGUAAGCCA